GCUUUGCCGUGUGCCGUGCACCAGCACCAAUAUAAGUACAUCCAGCUCGAUUGCUGUCAUGAAUGUGAUGCGGGAGAAUGGAGAAGGAGAGAGCGAGGUUAGGUACCAGUGGGGCCAAUCAAAGCGAGGUUAGCAUCCCAUUCUUUGUGCGUGGUAAGGGAGGUAUGGAGCAUCAAUGAACAUAUUAUUGGCAACGGUGUUUAAGCAACGUGUGCCUUUCAAUGAUUCGUUGCCUUAAGACACCUACGGGCACUCCAUCGCCAUGAUUCCCGAAGCGAGCACAGCACAGCACACGGCGGCCCGACCGGACCGAUCGCGGGCAUAUAUUUCACGGUGCAGCAGUCUAAACUGUGUCCCCGACCAGGAAGCUCGCGAUGGAGCCGACGGAGGACAUCGAGUUCCUCUGGAAAUGGCGCAAGUACCUGCUGCUGCUCGCCACGCUGGUUGCCAGCGUCACCUACGGCGUCGGUCUCAACCCGCCCGGCGGCGUGUGGUCCCAGGACCAGGAGGGGGGCACCAGCAACGCCCGGGAGCACCGCGGCGGCGCUGUCCAGCCACCGGCCCCGCCGCUCCUGCCCCCGGCGCCAGCGCCAGCGGUGUACCCGAACCGCGUGGGUGACCCGGUGCUCGUGUCGACCUACAUGCGCCGCUACACUGCCUUCUUCUACUGCAACGCCGCGGCCUUCGUUGCGUCUCUGGUCAUCAUCAUGUUCUUGCUGGACCGGCGCAUCAGCGGCAACCGCGUCGGCCUCACUGUGCUCCGCUCCGCCAUGCUGCUCGACCUGCUCGCCCUCAUGGCCGCCUUCGCCGCAGGGAGCUGCCGCGACGUCGUCGCGUCCAUCUACGUCUCCGCGCUCUUCGCCGUCGUCUUCGUCUACGUCGCCCUCCACGUCGGCGUGGCCUCCGCCUCCUCCGGUUCCAGCCUGCUACUUCUACUCGGGAGGAAGGCGCCCGACUCGUGUCCCUGGGACGCGGAGGAGAACAAGUACAUCAGGGAGCGCCGCAAAUUCCUCUUCCUCCUGGCCACCUUCGCGACGUCGCUGACGUACGCGGCGGGGCUGGCGCCGCCGGGAGGCUUCUGGACCAAGACCGUGGCCGGACACCGCGCCGGCGCCCCGCUGCUCCACGACGGGCGCUACAAGAUCCGCUACCACGCCUUCUUCUACGCCAACGCCACCUCCUUCGUCGCCUCCCUCGCCAUCAUCAUGCUGCUCAUGAGCAGGACGCUGAGGGACCGCCUCGCCCGGUCUUACGCGCUGCUUGUGUGCGUCCUGGUUGAGCUGCUCGGCCUCAUGGCCGCCUACGCCGCCGGCAGCUGCAGAUGGCCCACCACGACCGUGUACGUCUUCUCCCUUGUCGGCGCCGUGCUCCUGUACAUUCUGCUGCAGAUGGCCAUCGCCGUGUUCGCCAUGGACAAGUUCAAGAAAUGGCGAGAAGCCAUCUGUAAUAUAGUGACGACGUGCGCAGGCAAAUCGGGGCCAAAGCAAGAGAUAGUGAAGCAAAAACGAGACAAGAAAACCAACUUCGACAAUGGUCCAGAAGACAAGGUGGAGGCGUCGCGGUCCCUUGUUCUGCUGCUGGCGACCCUGGCGGCGACGGUGACCUACCAGGCUGGGCUGAGCCCGCCCGGCGGCGUCUGGCCGGAAGACGACGACCAAGGCCGCACGCAUCACGUCCCGGGGAACCCAGUUCUCCACGACAUGCACUCCAAGAGGUACAAGGCGUUCUACCACUGCAACACGGCGGCAUUCGUGGCGUCGGUGGUCGUUAUCAUCAUCGUCCAGAGCAAGCAGCUGAGCGCCGUCGGACGUGCCGCACUCAAGACGGCCAUGAUACUGGAUCUGUUCAGCCUCAUGGGCGCCUACGUUGCCGGGAGCUGCCGGGACAGAAUCACCACCGUCUACGUCGCCGCCCUCGCCGUCGCCGUCUUUGUCUACUCCAUCGCCAAAGUCGUGGCGUUCACAGCUCAGGGGCGCCAGACCAUGCCGAUUGAAUGUAUGAAGCGCUUGUCGGGGAGGCUUUCACGGUUUCUCAAACUCUCCUCCGACGAGACGCCCCGGCCAGGAGGAGCAGAACCAGCGACACAAGGUCUCCCUGCCGUUGACGCUGGCCACCAUCCGGACGAGCCGUCCUCGCAAGGAGGAGAAGACACACCUCAAGUUCAUGGUCCUGCUAGCCUCCUUACCGACGACCUUUCUAGCAUUCAAGAAACUCAGCCAGGCUCUGCGUCCGAAGGAAAGCAUACUCUUGAAGAAAACCUCGAGAACAAGCAUGUUAUUCUUGAGAAAAAAAGCCUCGAGAGGAAGCGCAAGUUCUUGCUACAGCUCGCCAUCCUCGCCGCUACCGUCACGUACCAGACCGGGCUGAACCCGCCGGGUGGGUUUUGGACGGAAAGCAAUGGGGUCAGGAAGGUCACCGCCGGUGACCCAAUCCUGCUCGACUACUACGGGGUCAGGUACCAAGUGUUCUUCUACUGUAACGCGACGGGGUUCAUGGCUUCCGUUGCCGUCAUUCUCCUCUUGGUGAACCAGACGCUGUCGAAGCAGGGCAUUCGGAGCAACGCGCUCCACGUCUGCGUCAUGAUCGGGCUUCUGGGCCUCAUGGGUGCCUAUGCCACCGGCAGCUGCCGAAAGUUGCGCACCUCCAUCUAUGUCUUUGCGCUCGUCGCUGCGGUGAUCGCCUUCCUCAUCCUGGAGAUCCUGUUCUACGUGUACGCGGACCGCCGCAAUCUAUCAGAGCAUCCAUGGGUUCCACAGUGCCUGCAAAGGCUGCUCAAGCCACUAUCUUCGGCGCCGAUGGGGCCGGAUGAUGAGAACGACAAGGACAAGGUCUCUGCCUCCAAGCGACUGCAGCAGAAACGACGCCGCGUGAAGUACGAGAAACGUAAGUCCCUGAUGCUGCUUGGCAUCCUUGCGGCGAGCGUGACGUACCAAGCAGGUCUCGCGCCUCCCGGCGGCACGUGGGGCGACGACGAUAACGCGUCAUCACCGUCCCCCUCGCCGUCGCCCUCGUCGCUAUCGCCAUCGCCGUCGGCUGCGUACAUCUCCGUUGCCGGCAACCCGAUCCUACUCAACACCAACGCGGAACGGUACCAGGCCUUUUUCUACUGCAAUGCAACGUCAUUCGUCGCCUCCGUCGUGGUCAUCAUGCUGGUGCUGCUGCGCACCGUGAAGAAGAAGCGCGGGGCACCGCUCUGGGCGAUGCAGACCGCCGUGGUGCUGGACUUGUUGGGCUUGCUGGGUGCCUACGCCGCUGGCAGCUGCAGAGACUGGGAGACGUCCGGGUACGUAAUCGCGCUCGUCGCCGUGGUGGUCGUCUUCAUCACAAUCUACGUGUUGCUAUCAUUCGACGCGGUGCUGGGGAAGGCUAAGCAGCUCACUGUGUGGAAGUACUUUUCUGACAAGAAAGAAAAGUUGUUGAAAUACUUGGGAAGAAGCAAUGAUCCUCCUGGGUGGCCGGUGCCAGUCACUAGGGUGUAACUAACUAAGUCUCCUUGUUUACAUUCAUCUCAUUUGUUUUUUUUAUUACCUUGUCUUUUUGUUCUUUCUGGUUAUUCUCUUGAUUUGAAAUGCUGCUGAUCGGACAACUUGUGUCAGAUUUUGGUUGUGCACUCUCUCUAUCCUCCGUAUGACGGUUACAAACUAUGUUGGAUUUGCCUGGUUUGGCUUGUAUAUUUUUUCAGUUAUUCAAUUGUUUAGUUGG